AACCAGGCAGACCAGCUCCUCUUCAUUGGUCUGUUUUUAGAGGUUCCUCGUCUGGAAGAGGAAAAGUUAUUGGGUCAGAACCAAGCAGAACUUGUAGUCAGACUAGAAUGAUGUGUUUGGGUGUGGAGUGUUUACCUGCCCAGGUGUGUCUCCUCUCUAUGGUUUUGCUGCUGAGCCCAGAGGUUUCCUGGUUCUUCUGUGUGAGCUGAAGGAACUGGGCCGAAUUGGACCAGUCUGGAGCUCAUUCGGAACCAGCAGGUCCAGUUGAAAUUGGACCCACAGCAGAGAACAGAGAACUUCCUGUUGUUACCUGUCUGCUCUGAGCUAAUCAGGUUUGACCUCCUUCCUCUUUCUGAAUGAUCCAGACUGCAGGUUCCACCAGAACCGGUUCCGCUGGACCCGGUUCCGCUGGACCCGGUUCCGCUGGACCCGGUUCUGAGACAUUAGUUCUGGUGAUGAAUGUGGACCGAUCUGUGAUCUAUUACCAUGACGGUUCUGGUUCUGUUCCGAAUCGGCUGCAACACAAACCACCCCAGGCAGCAGUUGCCAUGGUGACGGUCACAUGGUCUCAUGCAUGUUUGUUGAGGAUCAAAGUAAGCGGGCGGUGCGCUCCAUCCUAAAGCCGGCGAGGCGGCGGGUGGGGUUAGUUCAGCUUCCUCUGAGUGUCAGAGCCGCAGGUCAGGGGUCAGGGGUCAAGAGAACAGUGUUGUCCAAGCCUAACAGGUGAUGCUUUCUGCCCCACCUGCUGCAGGUGACAUCAUGGUGUUCCAUCCUGAGUUUGAACGAGCAGGUAAAGAGGCGGGGCUUCAGGUGUGGCGAGUGGAGAACAUGGACAUGGCUCCUGUCCCUGAGAGUCUCUAUGGACGGUUCUACACCGGAGACGCCUACCUGGUUCUGAGCAGCACCAGCAACCGCCGAGGAGACCUGCAGUACGACCUGCACUACUGGCAAGGUUCUGAGUGCUCUCAGGAUGAAAGCGGCGCCGCUGCCAUUCUUGCUGUACAGAUGGACGACUUCCUGCAGGGGGCGCCUGUCCAGUACCGAGAGGUCCAAGGCCAUGAGUCCGGAACCUUCAGCGGGUACUUCAAAACGGGCCUGACCUACAUGAAAGGAGGCGUGGCCUCAGGGUUCAAUCAUGUGGUGACCAAUGAGGUGGAAGUUCAGCGGUUACUGCAGGUCAAAGGUCGCCAAAUCGUCAGGGCAACAGAGGUUCCUGUCAGCUGGGACAGUUUCAACCAGGGAGACAGCUUCAUCCUGGACCUGGGACAGGAAAUCAUCCAGUGGUCUGGUUCCCAUAGCAACAGAUUUGAGAAACUGAAGGCCACUUUGAUGUCUAAGAGUAUCCGUGACAACGAGAGGUGUGGGCGGGCCAACCUCCAGGUUGUCCAUGAGGGGGCGGAGCCAGACAGGAUGAUAGAGGUUCUGGGAGACAAACCGGACCUCCCCGAGUCCCACAGCGAAGACACACAGACCGACGCGUCCAACAGGAAAGCGGCGAAGCUCUACAAGGUGUCCAACGCCGGCGGGGACAUGGAGGUCACCCUGGUGUCGGAGCAGAAUCCGUUCCCCCAACAUGCCCUGGAGUCCAACGAGUGCUUUAUCCUUGACAACGGAACCAACGGACGCAUCUUUGUCUGGAAAGGUAAAGAUGCCAAUGGCGCCGAGCGGCAGGCCGUCCUGCAGAACUCAGAGAAAUUCAUCCAGCAGAUGGAGUAUCCGCCCUACACCCAGGUCCAGGUCCUUCCUCAGUCCGGGGAGACUCCUCUCUUCAAGCAGUUCUUUAGGAACUGGAGGGACGCUGAAGACACUGUUGGCAUGGGAACGGCCUACAUCACCAACAAGGUGGCAAAGAUUGAGAAGGUGCCGUUCGACGUGUCCAAGCUGCACCAAUCGGACUCCAUGUCGGCACAGUACGGGAUGGUAGACCGAGGAGACGGAGACAAAAAGAAAACUUCCUGUGUCAGCUUGGAGACUUCCUGUUUCGGACGUGGGAGCAGCCAACCGUUUGUCUGUCUGCAGAUCUGGAGGGUCGAAGGGUCCGAUAAGGUUCUGGUGGACCCGGCUUUCUUUGGUCAGUUCUACGGUGGCGACAGCUACCUGAUCCAGUAUCAGUACCAACAUGGCGGCAGGCAGGGCCACAUUGUCUACGUCUGGCAGGGGGCGGAGUCGAGUCAGGACGAAACCACGGCGUCGGCCAUUCUGGCCGUCCAGCUGGACGACGAACUGGGAGGCGGAGCAGUUCAGGUGAGGGUGGUCCAAGGCAAAGAGCCCGCCCACCUGAUGAGCCUGUUUGGAGGCCAGCCAAUGGUGGUGUACCGCGGCGGCACCUCCAGGGAGGGCGGGCAGUCGGCCGCCGCCAACACCCGCCUGUUCCAGGUGCGGUCCAACGCGGCCGGAGACACCCGGGCCGUGGAGGUGGGCCUGUCCUCGUCCUGCCUCAAUUCCAACGAUGCGUUCCUGCUGGUGGCGGGCGGCGGGGCGUGGCUGUGGAAGGGGCGGGGCAGCAGUGCGGCGGAGGCGAAGGGGGCCGAACACCUGGCCCAGGUGCUGCAGGUGAACCCCGCCCCGCUGGAGGAGGGGGAGGAGCCAGACGGAUUCUGGGCGGUUCUGGGCGGGAAGGACGACUACUGCCACGCCCCUCGGCUCUGCAACAAGAUGGACGCCCACCCGCCACGCCUCUUCGCCUGCUCCAACAAGACCGGCACCUUCCAGAUGGAGGAGGUUCCGGGAGAAUUGACCCAGGGCGACCUGGCUCCUGAUGACGUCAUGAUCCUGGACACCUGGGACCAGGUGAGUCUUCCUCACCACCAUCACGAUGGAAACCAGAUUCCGGUUCCGGCUCACCGUUUCCCCUGGCAGGUGUUCGUUUGGAUCGGGAACGAGGCCCACGAGGAGGAGAAGGCGGAGGCCGCCACCACAGCUGACCGCUACGUCAGAACCGACCCGGCUGGCAGAGACCCGCGGACCCCCAUCGUCACCCUGAAGCAGGGAUUCGAACCACCGACCUUCACUGGUUGGUUCCUGGGCUGGAACCACGACUACUGGAGCCAGGACCCACUGGAGCGCUUCCUGCAGACCCUGUGACAUCACUUCCUGUUUACAGUGCAGCAGAGUGAAUAAAGCCCAGAAUGACCCAGUUA